AUGGCUUCCCUCUCCCUCCUAUCCCGUCCUCCUCUCUCCUCCUCCCUUCUCCGCCACCACAACAAUGCCGCAAUCGCCACCUCCACCCGCCUUGUCACCUUCAAUUCCCCUCGAUAUCUCUCCAUCAAAGCCUUCUCUGCCCCAUCCCCUGUCCAACCACUAACCCAAGACGAUCUCAAAAAACUCGCCGCGGAUAAGGCCGUAGAGUACGUCAGCUCCGGGAUGGUUCUCGGACUCGGCACCGGUUCCACCGCCGCCUUUGUGGUAUCGAAAAUCGGUGAACUCCUCGCAUCCGGCGAACUCAAAGACAUUGUCGGCGUACCCACAUCAAAAAGAACUCAAGAACAAGCCGCUUCCCUCGGGAUCCCCUUAUCGAUCCUCGACGAUCAUCCCAAACUUGACCUCGCAAUCGACGGCGCAGAUGAAGUCGACCCUGAUCUCAAUCUAGUCAAAGGCCGAGGCGGCGCCCUCCUCCGUGAAAAAAUGGUGGAAGCCGCAUCCGACAAAUUCGUGGUGGUUGUCGACGAUUCGAAGCUUGUUUCUGGUUUAGGUGGAAGCGGAUUAGCAAUGCCUGUUGAAGUGGUGCAGUUUUGUUGGAAGUAUAAUCUGGUUCGUCUGCAAGAUUUGUUCAAAUCGGAAGGGUGCGAUGCAAAAUUGAGAUUAGAUGGAGAUGGAAAGCCUUAUGUUACUGAUAACAUGAAUUACAUUGUGGAUUUGUAUUUCAAGACUCCGAUUAAGGAUGCAUGGGCUGCUGGAAAGGAGAUAUCGGCUUUUGAAGGGGUGGUGGAACAUGGGUUGUUUCUGGAUAUGACCACCGCUGUGAUCAUCGCCGGAAAAGAUGGAGUUAGUGUGAAGAGCAAGUGA